GACAAGCAGUUUAGAUUUAUGAAAGUAUUUUCUCGAAAAUAAUCAACACUCUCUUGGUCCGUGCGUAUUAUAAGUAACUAAAUAAAGCAAGUGGCAAUGGCAGGAAUAACAGGAAAAAUAGUCGUGAUUGCUCUGCUUGGGACGACGGCGCUAGUAAUCUUAACUUCGAGUCCGAUGAGCCAUCCGGCCAAUGAGUUCCAGCUUAACGUCGGCAAUAUAGAGGAGCUUAUUAAAGUCUUGGAGGUAGCAGGAGCUGAGUCUGUGCAAACCUCGACCAACCCUGCAAUUAUCAAUGAAAAUCAGAAAGAAUAUACAAGGAGUAAAAAUAAGAAAAAUAAGGUGGCGAAAAGGGGUAAGAAACCGAAAGAUAAUCACGUCAUCGGCUCUGAUGAUGACAUAAGUUUAAUAAAGAAACUACAGAGAGAUUCUAACAGAGCUAAACGAAAAAAAGGAAGAAAGGGUAAAAAAAUUGUCGACAAAAGAUAUAAAACCAAUGCCGGAUCUGACAUAGAUUUUGACAAUCUUAUGGAUGCAAAAAGCAUUCUGGAUUUAAAUGACCCGGAACGACUGCGACGUCAUAAAGUGACGCCGCUGAAAGAUCUUCCGAGAGACCAGUGGUGGCCGGUGAUACUGAAGCCUUCUUAUGGCAAGGUCUUCGCAACUCUCAAUCUGAGCAACUACAGCGAAACGGACUCAACCUACCUGAAACGUCGGCUACCAGAAUAUGCAGCCCGAGCGUGGCGGGUGAGUGAAGUCUGCUCGCGACAUCCUGAGCUCAUGGAGAAAAAAGUCAAUAUUAAAACGAUGGUGUGGGACGUUCACCACACACCCAACCUCGUCUGGUGCCAGAUACCGAAGAUCGCUUCGUCGAGUUGGAACGCAGAUUUUUUUAAACUUGGACAUCCAGACGAGAAAGACGCGCUUCUGCCUUCAGAAGAACAUCAGGACGAGCUUCCAGAAUUUAAUCUACACCAUGAAGUCUUCCGCCUUUUUCCCGCACCCAACACAACGAAAGAACGCAACGAAGUUUUCAAGAACGCCAUCAGAUUCAUGAUUGUUCGUCACCCGUUCGUAAGGCUGGUGUCCGCCUUUCGCGACAAGAUGGAGCAGCCAAAACCGAAGCCCGUGUGGUUCCAUUACGAAAAAAUGCAGAAACUAAUCAUUAAACGUUACCGGCCCGUUGACAGUCCUGAAAAUUCGGAAUACCCAACGUUUCGAGAAUUCGUCCAGUUUGUGUUGGACCAAACUGCGGAGUUCAAAACGCCUGAGGACUGGACACGGAAGGUUGUUGGCGGCAAAGAAUGGCGUCACCACAUCAACGGAACCUCAUCCAACGAAGUGGCAGACGACUUCUUCAGGCAGCUCACCAAGAAGCUCGUGGAGGAACUCUACCAGCGCUACAGGAUUGACUUUGAUCUCUUCGGAUACUCUCCGGAGCAUUACAUCAACUUGGUCAGCGAUGAAUGAGUGAUGAAUGAGAAUGAUGAAUGGGAAUGUUGAUUGAGAAUGAUGAAUGAGAAUCAUCAACCCUACCAACGGUACCGAAUUGACUUCGAUCUCUCCCGAGCAUUAGCUACAUCAACUUGGUCAGUGUUGAAUGAGUGAAAA